AUGGCUUCACAACAGACUACCAAUGGCCAAAGCACCAUCAGCCUUGGCCAGGAGUUCACUCAGAUGGUCAUCGACGCUACCGGCCCAAAGACAAACCCACGAUUGCGAGAGGUCAUGUCCUGCUUCAUUCAGCACAUCCACGAUUUCGCCCGUGAGAUCAACCUCACUGCGGAUGAGUGGAUGAUGGCCGUCCAGAUGAUCAACCGUUGUGGCCAAAUGAGCGACGAGAAGAGGAAUGAGGGCCAGCUCCUUUGCGACGUUAUCGGAUUGGAAUCUCUUGUGGAUGACAUCACCUAUACCACCGCAGUAAACAGCGGCCAAUCGGUGACGUCGUCGGCCAUCUUGGGUCCGUUCUACCGACAUGACCACCCUAUUAGGCCAAACGGAACCACCAUCUCAUUUGAUACCCCGGCUGAUGCUGAGCCGGUCUUUAUGUUUGGACGUGUUCUGAGUGCGGAUGGGAAGCCUCUUGCGAACGCGAGCGUCGAGGCGUGGCAGGCGUCGACAAAUGGCCUUUAUGAGCAGCAGGAUCCUAACCAGCAAGACCUCAACCUCCGUGGAAAGUUCAUUACCGAUGCGGAAGGAAAAUAUUCUUUCUAUUGCAUUCGACCUACUCCUUACCCUAUUCCGAACGACGGCCCCUCUGGACAGCUUCUUGAGAUGCUGGAUCGCCAUAACUGGAGGCCCGCCCACAUCCAUCUUGUUGUCCAAGCGGAGGGCUACAAGCCGGUCACCACCCAAAUCUUCGACAAGGACUCCAAGUAUCUCGACGAUGACUCCGUGUUUGCAGUCAAGAACAAUCUGAGAGUGGAGUUCGUCCCAAGGAAGGGAGAUCCCCAGGCUGCGCUUGAGCUGGAGUACAAUAUUGGGUUGGCUCCUCUCGACAAGUAG